CCCUGGAACAUGUCGUUGAAACUGCGAGAUCUUAUCCGUAAAGUGCGGCAAUGCAAGACUGCUGCGGAAGAACGGGCGGUCAUUGCGAAAGAGUCGGCAAUGAUUCGGACAGCUAUCCGUGAGGAGCAAGCGCACUACCGCCACCGGAACGUGGCGAAGCUGCUUUUUAUGCACAUGUUAGGCUAUCCAACGCAUUUCGGUCAGCUGGAAUGUAUGAAGCUCACGGCCUCCCCUCAUUUUCCGGAGAAGCGCAUCGGUUAUCUCGGAAUGAUGCUGCUCCUCUCCGAGGAUGCUGACGUUCUGAUGUUGUCUACGAAUGCCUUGAAGAACGAUCUUACGUCGUCCAAUAAGUUCGUUGCGGGUUUGGCACUCUGUGCCAUUGGAAAUUUGGCCACGGCUGACAUGUCUCGAGAUUUGGCUCCCGAAGUAGACAAGCAUCUCAAGUCUCCCAUGCCAUACAUUCGCAAGAAGGCCUGUUUGGCCAUGUCGCGUUGCCUCUCCAAGUGCCCUGACAUGGUGGAAGACUUUAUCGAUCGCGUCAUUACCUUGCUCAAAGACAAAUCUCACGGAGUUUUGAUUACCGUGGCGCAGCUCAUGACACAGAUUCUCAUGAUCGAUUUUCGGAAUGCCGAAGAAGAAGGUGAAGAUCCUUUUGCAACGCCUUGCCGUCAAGCUUUUUUGCGAUUGGUCCCAACGCUUGUCAAAAUGUUACGCAACUUGUUGAGCACAGGCUACUCUCCCGAACACGAUAUAGGUGGUAUAUCGGAUCCAUUCUUGCAAGUUCAGCUUUUGACUUUGCUUCGCUUGUUGGGUGCCAAUAAUGAAGAGGCUUCAGAAGAAAUGAAUGAUGUGCUGGCACAGGUCGCGACCAAUACCGAAACAUCUAAGAAUGCGGGCAAUGCCAUUCUCUACGAGUGCGUACAGACAAUUAUGGGGAUCGAAAGCGAAGACGGUCUCCGUAUUUUGGCGGUCAACAUUCUUGGACGCUUCCUCCUUAACCGUGACAACAAUAUUCGUUACGUUGCACUCAAUACCUUGGCACGAUGCAUUAUCGAGCAGAAACGCUCCGGAGACAUGAUUGAAACGGGUGACGGUGAAGAGACCAACAGUGCCAUGUCCGCUUUGCAGCGUCAUCGUACUACCGUCGUGGAAUGUCUAAAGGAUCCUGAUGUCAGUAUUCGCCAGCGCGCGCUAGAGCUCAUUUACCAUCUCGUCAACGACGACAACGUGGAAUCGUUAACAGCUGAACUUCUGAACUACCUUGUUCUUUGUCCACGUGAACAUCGAGGCGAUAUCUGUAGCCGCAUCCUUCGUGUCGUCGAUCGAUACAGCCCUGACGACAGGUGGAGAGUGGAUACGCUCAUCACUACCUUGACCAUUGCAGGACGAGAAGCGGCGAGAGAUGUCCAGUCUUCAGCAGUUGUCUACAUUUCUCGAGGAGGUGAAGACAUCCAUUCUUUUGCUACACACAAAUUGAUCAAAGCAAUCAGAGACGACGACGGGUCGCAACACGGACUGUUAGCCGUUGGUAUCUGGUGUAUUGGUGAGUACGGCGACCUGCUUUUGAAGCCAUACACCUAUACACAUCAGGCUUCCGAUGUAGCUAAUUUUUCUUCCAACGGUGGGCUAAUCACUUUCCAUGCACUCGACUCGUCUUCGGUCAUUGACACGAUUGAGCACGUAGCAAAGCGUCACGCCUGUCCAGAAAUGGUAAAGCAACGAGCGUUGACUGCGUAUGUAAAACUGAGCCAGAGACUAGCCAACAGUGGUGAUCAGGCAGCACUGGACCGACUGCGGCAAUUGCUGAAGAACCAAAACAUGUCACACUCGUUGGAGUUGCAAUUGAGAUCCUGUGAGUAUAGUGCUCUGGUUAAUGCCAGCAGAGGCGUGACAGCGUCUGCUCCUGCUCCUGUAACGGACGAUAUAUUUGGCAUGACCAACGAUAACGCAGGUGGAUCUGUAAGCGACGGUGUUAUUAAUGCAGCAAAGGAAGCUCUUGCCCGAAUGCCAGUUAUAGACAUGAAGGUUCUUCAAAAGCGGCUUUCUACCUCAGAUUGGGACGAUGACAGCACGCCUCGGAUUCCACGAGGUGCUGCCAAGAAGGAUACAAGCGGUGGUGAUUUAUUGGAUCUUAACGAUAUUUUUGGAGCUGCACCAACGCCAGAGACUACACAGAAUGGAGCAACCUCUGUUUCGGGAGCUGGAGAAACAGGAAAGAGUGAUUUGGAUCUGUUGUCUGACAUCUUCGCUGUGCAGGCAGCCACUGGUUCGGCCGCGGCACCAGUGAGCAAUGGUACCUUUGACUUGUUUGCAGCUCCCGUUUCACAACCUGCCCCGGCUCCCGUCGACCCGAUGGAUUUGUUUGGCCAAAGUAUCCCUGCCCCACCCCAUAUGUCCCAACCGAUGGACGACUUGUUUGGAUCAGCGCCAGCUCUUGCGGGACCUAGUGGUGUGAAAGUUUCUGGACCUAGCCACGCAGGCUUGUCGAUUGAAUUUGAGUGCACGAAACCAGAUACAUUUAAUCAGCAAAAGUCGGUGUUAACUGCCCACUUCAAGAAUACGUCAGGUGAUACAAUAUAUGGAAUGAAUUUACAGUGCGCUGUUCCGAAAUACGUGACAAUGGAAAUGGAGCCACCGACCUCCACUACGAUUCCCGUCUCCGGUGGUUCAAGUGAGGAAGUUACCCAAAAGAUUACGGUAACAAAUUCGAUGCUAGGCACAAAGAACUUGAUGCUCAAACUCAAAUUGAGUUUCACUGCCACGGGAGAGAGGAUAGAGCACAUGGCCACUGCUUCUGGAUUCCCAGCUGGUCAAUACUAG